AUCUUACCCGUACCUGUUUCAUUUCAGCUGUAACAGUCGGCUUCGCAUUAACGGGGCCUGAUAACAAUUCUCAGAAACUUCAACUCGAUCGAAAAACCAAUAAAUCGUAUAUAAAGUGUGCCACAUAACAAAGUAACUUUAAACUUGUAAGCAUCUCGAAUAAACGUCCCGUUACUCAGUCUCAGUGCAGAUUAGUGGCCGGACAAUAACAGCGUCAUUCGAAGAUCGAUACUGCGCAUUAAGCAUAUUUAUCGCAUUUACCUAGAAUAAAGAACAACAGAGAAGUUCCGAAGAUCAAAUGUUAAGCAUAAAUUUCGUUUGUUAAUGUAAUACAGUGGAAUAACGCAACUUCUGCGAUAGUGUAAACUGCAAUUAAUAAAACAACCAAGCACGCUAAGACGGCAUACAAUACGAUUGGCUCAAGCAUUGCAAUUGGAGGACAUGACAAGGCAUUGACUGAGCCCAGAAAGUCAUAUACCAAAGACGGUGACCAUCCGCCCCUAAGUAGAAGAGGAGAAACCGGACGCGCAGUCCACGUGAUCAAAUUAGCAAAAUAAAAUCCAUCAAGAUGAAUGACAGCAGCAGCUUCUUUAACGAGCAUUUUAGUAUGAUCUACUCGAGUCUGGUCAAUCAAUAUUUGCCCGAAUUUAUCAAGAAUCUGGAAUAUACACCCUGGGUCUUCUCACUGCUCGGCUCAAUAGUGAUUGGACUCAGCGGUAUAUUUCCCUUGCUUAUAAUACCCACAGACGAAAAAAUGACUAAGGACGGUUACAAAGAUCCUGCUGAGUCAAAGUUUUUGCGUGUAUUGCUUAGCUUUGCGGUGGGCGGACUUUUAGGUGAUGUAUUUCUGCACUUGUUGCCAGAGGCCUGGGAGGGCGAUAACCAGAAUAACGACAGUCAUCCAUCACUGCGCUCCGGCUUGUGGGUGCUCUCCGGCAUACUCAUCUUUACCAUUGUCGAGAAGAUCUUCUCAGGCUACACGAACGCAGAUGAGCAGAAUCCGCAACCGAAAUGCGUGGAGAUUGCCAACUGUCUGCUCCGGCGUCAUGGUGGCAAGCUGCCAGAGGGCGAGACCAUGGAUAGCUGCGGUGCCUGCGACAUUGAGGAUGUGGACAAAAUGUGCCAUUUUCGUGAACGCGAACUGAAGACCAAGGAGCCAAAGGAACAGCCCAAGAAAGUGGCCGGCUAUUUAAAUCUAUUGGCCAAUUCUAUUGACAAUUUCACACACGGCCUAGCGGUUGCUGGCUCCUUCCUGGUCUCCUUCAGGCACGGAGUGCUGGCUACCUUUGCCAUACUGCUACAUGAAAUUCCACACGAGGUCGGCGAUUUUGCCAUAUUGUUGCGCUCCGGCUUCAGUCGAUGGGACGCGGCACGCGCACAGCUGCUGACAGCUGGCGCCGGCCUCUUGGGCGCCCUGGUGGCGAUUGGCGGCUCGGGCGUCACCUCGGCAAUGGAGGCGCGCACAUCCUGGAUCAUGCCGUUUACCGCUGGCGGUUUUCUGCACAUUUCAUUGGUUACAGUAUUACCAGAUCUCUUGAAGGAGGAUGAGCGCAAGGAGUCUGUCAAACAGUUGCUGGCGCUGGUAUUUGGCAUUGCUUUGAUGGCCCUCAUGACCAUGCUCUUCGAGCACUGAGCCCCGUUCUCCAAUCAGCAGCAGACAAACAGCAGCAGCAGCAUAGGCAACAUUUAACUGUUGCUUCCAAAAUUGUUUUGUUAUUUUUCUUUAGGCCGCAACAAAUCCAAAAUUGUCAUUGGCAGUACAAAUUACAUGGAAUAUUUGUUGUAGAUUUCGUGAUUUACGACAUUGUGAGUCGCCCUGCUUGUGUUAUGUAAUUAUAGCCAACUAAUACGAAUGAUA